AGGUUGUAGAUGGUUCCUCCCGCUCACUUGUAAACUAUUGUUGGCUAAGAUUUCACUCACAUGUAUCUAGAAACGCAUAGAGGAUUUCGAUUUGUUUUUAUGUGUGAUCGUGUUCGUUGGUGUUCCUGCACGAUUAUAGCAUGAGCAAAGCCUUUACGCAGGGUUAGUCGAUCCUUGGUCUCAAUUAUUAUGGUCUGAAAUCGAAAUCCCCUGGAUCAUUCUUGCUUGUCUCGAGUUUAUGAAUUGACUUCCUCGUCGUUUUGUAGUAGAAGGUGAUGAAAAAACCAGUAAUUGUAAUGAUAAUGAGUGCAUCUAUAACAGAAUGACUGGUGCGUAAAGAAGAUGAUGUUUUCGGCUUGCUGGUCACUCUAGUAUCGAUUCGUCAGGAUGUUACAAUAUCAGGGGGACGUUGUCAAUCUUUGGGGCCCCGGCGGCGAAACGGAGAAGCCGAGGGGCACGUCGAUAUUUGGUAUCGAUUCCCAAACACUCUGGAACCUAUUGCCUGCUGGAUUCAAUAGGGACUCAGCACAAGGGGAUCGAGAUGACGAUCUGUCCACUACAGAUUAUGACACCGAUGAGGACGAAGAUGUCGACGUGAAUAGCCUAUCCGGACCGGCGCUUUUAGACCUGGCUAUGGCGCAGGAGCAAAAAACGAAGCGAAGACAAGAGGAAAAGCGGAAACGCAAACAAGGAAGUGCCCGUGCACGAAAGAGCGAUCGUGGAGAGCGCGACCAAGAAAGACGAGACGAUGGGCAGUCCUUGCCGUCGCGGCUUUUCUCCUCAUUUUUUGGAUAUGGAGCGACUUCUAGCUCAGGUUCAGUCGGACAAGCUGAGCACCACGACCACGAUCCGCCGCUAGGACACAGACGUCAAAACUACUUUUCCGGCUAUUACGACUUCUCCGAACACCGCAGGAGUCAAAGCAAGCUUCUAGAGCAGCAGUCUCGCCCGUCACCGCCUGUCGUUAACCGGCGAAGCCACUAUGAGAUCGCAUUGGACAAACACCACGAAGCAAACAAGAAGGCUGCGAAAAAUGCACCGGAGCAAAAAGGCUUUCUAGCGUCGCUACUGUCUGCAGCAGGCGGACAGCACGAUGAUGAAAACCGACUGAAUUCGAAAGACACAAAUAUUCCCAACGGCGACGCGCCUAUUUCCCUGCAUCCCCAUCACCCCGACCACGAGGACUUCAAGAACUACCAACCCGAUGACCUGGAACAUCUACCGCCUACUGUGCGGGAUUCGUUAAGACAGCUGCCGGAGGACGUCCAGGGGACGAUUCUUGAGAUGCGUGCAGAUGCGCGUCAUGUUCGAAACUACGACGUUCGUCUCGUGCAACUACUGAGGAGAAUGCAUGCUGAGGAUGAGGAAGCGCCCCACCAUCUUCGUGUGCUUUGUGGAGAAGAUGAGGAUCCAGAUCAUAGAGGCGACUUUUCGAUUUCCAGGAAGCAUGGCAAAACCUUUCACGACGUCGCAGGUAGUUCUAGUACAACUAUGUGUAGCAACACCAAAAAGAAGAGUCGGCAUCAGCGACUUAAAGAAAGAAAUAAGCCACCGCGUCCGGGAACGCUUCAACGAUGGGAAAGAGAACAUGCGCACAGAGAAGCGGCGAGACACGAAGCCAGGCAUGACGGAUUCCAUUCGUUGAUGGACGAGUUGAAGAACAUGACGUGGUCCGGAACAGUUGCUGCGGCCACUGCAGCGGUAGAACUGCCUGCGCGUUGUCUUUUCGGCCAUGGUUCGCCGUUUUCCUCCGCGAGUCUGGAAAAAGACAGUACUAGUACAAGUACCGAAGACACUGCAUCCCACACUCGCGAUGACCGCGGCCUGGAAACGGAAAGAUUCGCAGACGCUGAUCAUCCGCUACACCAUCCUCGGAGGACUAGGCCAGCUGCGCCACUAAUCGCGGAGAUGGAAAAGGAAAUGUCAGCGUGGCGCUCAAAGGAUGACGAAUUUCACAUCGACAACAUCGCGCAAAAAUGGGCCGUGGACAACGCGGCCGCGAGGAUGGGUACAGGUACGAAGCUUGAAAUCGACAUAGUGCAACUUGGUCAGUACGAGAAAAGCGCAGCGCACAUGCCUGCAGUGCAUUUAGGGCAACACGGGUUGUCAAUCCAAGCGCUCGGAGUGAUCUCGCCAAGAAGCAGAGGCGGAAGCAUUCGCGGUCGCGGACCAUCUGCUACCCAAGAACAGAGAAAACGACCUGCACCCGGUUGGUCGCGUUCACCACGCAGGGACUUUUCUCCACAGCGAGACUUUUAUCAGCCCAAUCAUGAUGAGCAGAACAUCGCUAUCUCAAAUGCUCAGAAAGUUGUAGCUCACCGCUCGCGACCGUUGGCGCGACCCGUGGAAGACGUGGCUCCAGCGCCGCUACCGAACGUGCAUGAAUGCUCGGCACUCAGUAGUCAGUACGAGAUUUCUAUCUAUUCGACUUCCAACGCUGGGUCCUCACCCACCCUCGCGUCCUCCCCAGCUAUUACGAAUGCGUGGCCCCCGUCAAGAGGCGAAUACGGAAGCAAGGGCGUUGUGAAUCCCGCGGAACUGGCCCACGUUCUCGAGGAGGUCAGCUCGAAUCAGCAUCAAGAAGAAGACCCCAACAUCUACGCAGCAAAUGGGUAUGGAUAUCGCUAACAGCGGAGUUUUGACUUGACACAAGUCUUCAGGCAGUUGCAGUUGAUGGACACUUGAAACAGCGCAAAGAGCGCGUCUCUGUCAUGCCGUCCUGGUAAAUUGGUAUCUCUCUGGCAUGCUUGAUGAACAUCAGUAAAGGCGUCGACCUGGACGGCUUCAUCGAUAAAUUAUAAGUAACCUAAUUGAUUGUGAUUGAGAAGCAAUUAUAUUAGCAAGAUGUUACCCAGUACAAGGCCGACUUCCUCCACCUCUUUUUGAUUUCUCAUCAUGAAGCACGUUGCAAGGAACAGCAUCCCCCUGCGAAUUGCGAAUUGCCGGAUAUAAUUCCUAUGAUUGGGUCGUUGUAACUUGUACGUACCAGCUUCAGCCUGUCUUACUCGGCUUCUCCUUGUCUCUUCUUGCGACGACAGUCUGAAGAUUGGCGCAACUUGAUACUGAUAGUCUCGACAAAUUGUCUCUGACUUUGGAGGUACGGACAUUCGAAGUAGAG